AUGGCACCUCGCUCUUCAUCGUCUGGACGCCGUAACGGUAGUUUAUUACGCUUUCAAGGCUGCGUGCACUUUCGUCAGCGUCUCGUAUGUGCGACUCUUAGUGGGCGGCCGCUAAUCAUCGAGGACAUUCGAUCGGAGGACGAAAACCCCGGACUGGCACCUUUCGAGGCAAAUCUGUUGCGGCUCUUGGACCGUGUGACGAGUGGUAGUCACCUGGAAAUUAAUGAGACAGGCACGAAGCUCAAGUACCAGCCAGGGCUCGUGCUGGGUGGCCGCGUGGUUCACGACUGUGGCACGGGACGCGCCAUUGGCUGGUUCCUGGAGGUGUUGGCGGCGCUUGCGCCGUUUGCAAAGCUGCCGCUACAUGCAACACUCGACGGCAUCACGAAUGACCAUGUGGACACUUCAGUGGACAAUUUCAAGGCUACGACGUUGCCGUUAUUGAGACAUUUUGGUCUGGACCAAGGGCUAGACUUUGUUGUCAAGAAACGCGGCGCUCCGCCGCUUGGAGGGGGACAGGUUGUCUUUCAGUGUCCUCAGGUAAGAGAGCUACGUGCUGUCCAUUUGGUGGACGAAGGAUUCGUCAAACGUGUGCGUGGCGUUGCCUAUAGCACGCGCGUGUCUCCACAGACAUCCAAUCGUAUCGUAGAGACCAGUCGCGGCCUGUUUAACAAACUCUUGCCGGACGUUUACAUCUACUCGGACCAUUACAAGGGCGCGGAGUCGGGACAAUCGCCGGGCUUUGCUCUCAGUCUCGUGGCCGAAACGACUACUGGCAUUAUGUUGGGGGCAGAGGCAGCAGCAGAACCCGGUGACUUGCCGGAAGAUGUGGCGACGCGAGCCUCGCACGCACUGUGUGACGAAAUCAGUAAAGGAGGAUGUGUUGACUCGUCCAACCAGGCGUUAGUUUUGCUUCUUAUGGCGCUGGGCCCGGAGGAUGUGACGAAGGUGCGUUUCGGUAAGUUGACGCCGCACAGUAUCGAGUGUUUACGUCAUCUACGCGACUUUUUCGGUAUCACAUUCAAAAUUAAACCCGACCCGGAGACCAAGACGGUGCUGCUAUCAUGUCUGGGCGUCGGCUUUAAGAACCUGGCCAAGAAGGUCACCUAG